UUCCAUUUUGUCGUACUUGACUACUUGAUACUACCCGACAAUAAUGAUAAAUGUGGUUACUAAAUAACGUUUAAUUGUAAAAUAACGCAUGAAAAACAAUAUAUGUGCUUUAAAAAUCUGUGCUUAAACAUAAAAAUAUGGCAAAUACUUAACUUUUAUGUACAUUAAUUGAAUAUCUACCAACGCCAUUAGCUCAUACAAGUGUUGUGACAAGUGAAUAUUUCAUUAAAUUGGACUAUAAAACUAUUCAAAUGGAUUAAGUUAACUAAAACGAUGUAGAAAUUGGUUUAUUACUGAAAUAGUAAUGCAUGGUAGUUUCAAAAAAGGAAGGAACGAGAAUGUCAGCGUCAGGUUAACAACUAUAAAAUGAGAGGUUAAAAUCUAACAAUAUGGAAGACAAUUCACAGAUUGCGUUCAACGUAAAUGUCAAAGUGGAAAAAAUAGAGGAUGAAAACACACAAGAAACAAAUGAAAUUAAUGAAAACACUGACAAUAUUUGUACAGUGAACACAAGAGAUAACAAAAAGACAUUCUACACUCAAGUUAUUAGUAUAGAUGAUUCCGAAGAUGAGAAUACUAAUUCCGCUACAGAAGAGUCAAUAUGUAACCGAGAGGAUAAUUUGUGUGAAUUUCCAUCAAGCAGCGGGAUACAUAAUGAAACAAGUAAUGACUUAGAGAAUGAUAAGAAAUUCUAUAUCAUUCAAAAGAAUACGUUACAUACAUUAACAAAAGAAACGAUAUUCAAAGGUAUCGAAGAGCAAUCAAGAUUGUUAGAAAUUAAAUCUGAUUUCCUUCUAAAUGAUAUCAUAAGAAAUUAUCAUCAAAAAUAUUAUAAUCCAACACGAACUAUACAUGAGAAUUUAUUGGAUAAAGCCCUUGAAUUAUGGAAAAAUUGGUAUAAUAAUUUUCCGAGAGUCAGAAAUACACCUGUUUUAUACAAAUGUUACAUUUGUAAUAAAGGAUGGUGGAGAUUAGAUCCGUUCAGACAACAUAUUAUAAUACAUAAACAUCCAAAUUUAAUAAUAACCCUCGAAGAAAUCGGUCAAGAAUCAAAUAUAAUAGCAAGUAUUGGUUUUCCUAAGAAAAAUAAAUUAGUCACAGUGAAUUCAAACUGUUGGAAAUGUAAUAAACCUUUAUGGAAUCAUGCAUUGACUAGAUACUCCCCGGAGAUAUACAGUUGUAAGCUAUGUAAGAUGCAAUUAUAUACAUGUUUGGGUUUAUCUCAACACGAAACAACAUGUAAGGUUAAUUUAAAUGACAGCACAAGAAUGUUAUGUACUAUAUGUACUAUGUAUUAUUCCACUGAAGAUAAAUUAUAUAGGCAUAUGAUUUUAUAUCAUUCACCUAAAUCAGAUGAACCAGCGAUAACGAAUCCUAAAAUAUGUAAUUUAUGCGAAGAGAAGUUUUAUAUAUCAUCAUACCAUGAUUGUCCGAAGCGGCCUAAAUUAUAUAAAUGUCAAUAUUGCUGGAAUAAAUAUAUAUCAAAGACAUUUUUACAUUUACAUAUGUCUAUGAAUAAAAAUUUCAGCACAUGUCUGGAUUGUUUGAAGAAAUUUAAACAGUGUUAUUUAAUUGAACAUUUGUUGCACCAUUCGAGGAAUUAUCAAGUGGUACAAUAUUGUUUAAAAUGUAAAAAUAAUGUGCUUUAUCUUGACAAUGAAUUGUUUUUAACUCAUAUGAUUAAUCAUGGAAAUUCUACGCUAAGAAGACGUUAUACUAUAAAGACGAUGUUACCUUUGAAAUGCAUAAAGGGCGAGAUAGCUGACAAUGUAAUACCGCUACAAAUAUAUGAUAAACUGCUAUAUAAAUAUCUUGCAGAUGUAGAAUAUAUGAAUUAUUCACCAAUUAAAAUAAUUGCCUUAAUAAAGAGGAAUAAAUCAAAACUAUGUAUAGAAGAUUAUAAAAUUAAAAAAACAACAGAGAAAACAUACACAGAAAUAACAAAUGAAGAAAUUCAGAAUACUCCGGAGCAUGAUGAAACCGAGGCAACAGAGACUAACAAUAUAAUUAAAAAUGAUGCAGAUUCUGAUUAUGAACCAGAUAGUUAUGCAAUUGAAACGCAAUUAGAUGCAGAAAUAAAAAGAGAUAUAGAAAUUGAAGAGCAAAUAUCGAAAGUGUUCAAAGCAUCCAAAUGUUAUAAGAAAUUUCUUGAUAAAGAAGCCAGUGAUCCGAUUGAAGAUAUUUAUGACAAUGAUGUUUGUAUAAUUGUUAAAAAUGAAGAAACUUUAGUUAUUUCAGAUUCAGAUGAUGAGAAAACUUUGGAAUUAAAUGAUGGAAAAGAUAAAGGGAAUCCUAAUAUUGAUAUGGAAAGAGUUGGAUCGGAUGUUGAUAUAUUAGAAUCUAAUUUUAAUAAUGUUACAGUGAAAAUAGAAAAUUGUGAUUUUAAUGAAGAGAAAUCUAAUAAUAGCGUUGAAUUUAAACACGAAUAUGUUGAAAGUAUGAAACAUAUAAAAAAAGAAGAUUCCAUAAAAGAAGAAUAUGAAGAUGUAACAGAUGGAGUUAUGGAUUUUUUCAAUGGUGUUAACUUAGAUUUCAAUACAAACGUUAAAUCUGAAACUUGUACGAACGAAUGCGAUAUAGAUUUAAACGAUUGGAAGAUAAAUGAAAUAUCCAGUAUUAAAAAGAGAAAAAUAGUAAAAAAUACAAAAAGAACGUGGAAAUAUGAUUUGACAACUUAUUUUUGCUCGGACUGUACAUAUAAAGGAUGUUAUAAAGACUACAUCAAUCAUUUAACAAGAUGUAAAAAGAAACAUCCUAAUUGUACUUAUUGUAAGAAGACAUUUGACAAUAUCGAUGAAUAUUUAACACAUUUCACGGAACAUAAGUUGAGAUAUCUCUCAUGUCCGCAGUGUUUGAAGAAUUUCACAUUAUUACGUUACCUUAAUAAUCAUAUAAUAUUACAUAUAAACGAAUUAUUCGUUAAUAUACCAAAUGAAAGGGAACAAUAUAUUGAAAAUAAGCCGUAUAUAUGUUUGUUGUGCGAAGAAUUGGUUGAUAUUGAUAAUUUUUUCACACAUUGGGAAUCACAUUUGGAAUUAAACGAGGGUGGUGUUGCGGAUGAAAUGUCAGACGGUGAGGGUGAUAUGAAAAGUAUGAUGUCACCGGAAAUGGUUGAACAAGCUUUAGAAAUCCUAUUGGACAAUGCAAGAAAUAGUAAGAACAAAGUAUGCAUUGUUUGCUCCAAAAACUUUUCAAGGAAGAACGACAGUAAGCGACAUUUGAUUGAACACUUAUUACAUGAAGCCAAAGUGAAUAUAGCUGAAACUAAUGCAAAGUUACGUUGUCCAAUGUGCAACGUGGACAUCCGGGAGUUACCAGCAUGGAGACAGCAUAUGCGGGAUCAUGCUCAACUAAAAGUGUAUCGCUGUAGUUUGUGCCCUAAAAAGUUUUGUGAUUCAAGUAACUAUAGUAAACAUAGGAAAGUGCAUAACCAACAUAAAUAUAUAUGUGAUUUGUGCGGUGGAAAGUUUUGUGCUAAAUCAAGUAUUAUAAAACAUCUCGCGGUCCAUGAACCGAUGAAUCCGAUGUCUUGUACUGAAUGCAAUAAAACAUUGUGUUCAGAAUACGCCUUGAAACGACAUAUGCGUGUUAGGCAUUCGAUGUAUCAGUUUGCUUGUCCCGUAUGUAAAAGGAAGUUCGGUACAUGCAAACAGAGAUGGGAUCAUAUGUGGAAUAAACAUAAAAUAAGAAAGUUCGUAGCGGACUGUCCCAUUUGUAAUAAACAAUAUAGAAGAAUUAUUGAUGUUAAAAAUCAUAUGAAAUCGGAGCAUGGCAUAAAAAAAACUGAAGAUUUUUAUAAAAUAAGAAACUCGAAUGUGCAACGGAAGAAAAAGGCCGUCAACACGGAAAUAACUAAUCUUCCCGCUUGUAGUAAAUAACGAGGUUCAUAACCUAACCUAUUCCUUUAAUCCUAUAUCCUGUAAUCAUUCCGUUUGGAUGUAAUGAAAUAGUUUACUGACAUUCCAUUGUUUUUAAUAUUAUUAUAUGUUUUUAAUUAAUACGAAAGAUAUAUUUAACUAUGACAUUAUCUUUAGCACACGUCUUUAUCAUUUGUUAUGUUUAAAAAUAAAGAAAUAUUAUUUGUUGAUAGACUCAAAAACUACUAAAACUAUUUAAAAAAAACUAUUUAAUC